CCAUUGCUUUUGGCUGCGUUCGCUUGGUUUAUAUUUUGUUCUUUGCAAAUAUUGUAAUUAAUUACAAUACUGAAUUAAACUAAUAAAGUAAAACGUUUAUUUUUCACUAUAAAUGAAUUGGCAUUUCCAAAGUGUAUAAUGCUCGAGGUGGGGGACUUUAAAAGAAUUCAAAAAAUCGGCGAAGGAACUUAUGGCAUCGUUUACAAGGCAAAGGACACAAAAACUGGCAAGGAUGUGGCACUGAAGAAGAUACGCUUAGAUAGCGAAACUGAGGGUGUUCCAUCGACGGCCAUUCGGGAGAUUUCACUACUCAAGGAUUUAACGCACAAUAACAUUGUACGACUAUAUGAUAUUGUAGUGGCGGAUUCCAGCUUGUACAUGGUGUUCGAGUAUUUGAAUAUGGACCUGAAGAAGUUAAUGGACAAGAAAAAGGAUGCUUUCACGCCUAAACUUGUUAAGAGCUACAUGCAUCAACUUUUUGAUGCCAUUUGUUUCUGCCAUACGAAUCGAAUUUUACAUCGAGAUCUCAAACCACAAAAUUUACUAGUCGAUAGCGUUGGUAACAUUAAGUUGGCAGAUUUUGGACUGGCGCGUGCCUUCAAUAUGCCAAUGCGCGCCUAUACACACGAGGUCGUUACGCUGUGGUACCGCGCACCUGAAAUACUAUUAGGCACCAAAUAUUAUGCGACAGGCAUGGAUAUAUGGAGUUUAGGUUGCAUAUUUGCUGAAAUGAUUAUGAAGCGUUCACUAUUUCCUGGUGACAGCGAAAUCGACCAGUUAUACCGAAUAUUUCGCACAUUGGGUACACCUGAUGAAAAUACUUGGCCUGGUGUUAGUCAAUUACCAGAUUACAAGGCUAAAUUCCCUAGAUGGGAGAAAACUAAUAUACCAGACGUUAUUGUGAAGCACGAAGGUUAUGAUCUAUUUAAGGUUAUGAUGCUGUACGAACCCAAUGAACGCAUAUCAGCUAAAAAUGCCAUGACGCAUCCCUACUUCGAUGAUGUAGAGCAUGUGGAUUAUGUAGUACUGCCAGUCGACACUCCUUAG